GCUUCAAGCAAUUCUUGGGUUUUUAGACAAUAUGUUGCUUUGGUCAUUUUUAUUAGCGAUCAAGUGUUUUCCCAUUUCUUGAUUCGCCAUAACGUUGAAAGUUUGUCGUACUGAAACAUGGAAAAGUCGUACAAAAUAUUGUCUUUGAUUUUAGGAAUUAUUUUCAUAUUGUGCGGGCACAACAUCAACGCAUCGAAUUAUUGCCCAUCUGGGCAACAAGAACCGGGUAUUUUCUGUGGAAGAGGACCGACAAGUCAGCCAUGUCCCCCAGGAACUUAUUGUGAAAUAUCUCCAGUCGACACCUAUGCCGUCUGCUGUACGAAUUAUUGCCCAGUUGGGCAACAAGUACCGGGUAUUUUCUGUGGAGGAGGACCGACAAGUCAGCCAUGUCCGACAGGAACUUAUUGCGAGAUAUCUCCAGUCGACGGCUAUGCUGUCUGCUGUCCGAAUUAUUGCCCAAUUGGGCAACAAGAACCGGGUAUUUUCUGCGGAAGAGGACCGACAAGUCAGCCAUGUCCGACAGGAACUUAUUGCGAGAUAUCUCCAGUGGACGCCUAUGCCGUCUGCUGCCCUGUCUUGUGCACUUAUGGUCCUCCGAAGUAUAAAGGCAAUAAAAUCAGUAAAGGCGUAGUGACAUGUGAUAAUAAUGAACAAAGAUGUGGCAGUAAAUACGUGUGCGAAACUAUACCAGACUAUGACGAGAAAGUUUGCUGUCCACGAGAAAACAUGGAAAAGUCGUACAAAAUAUUGUCUUUGAUUUUAGGAAUUAUUUUCAUAUUGUGCGGACACAACAUCAACGCAACGAAUUAUUGCCCAUUUGGGCAAAAAGAACCGGGAAUUAUCUGUGGAAGAGGACCGACAAGUCAGCCAUGUCCGACAGGAACUUAUUGUGAAAUAUCUCCAGUCUACACCCAUGCCAUCUGCUGUCCUGUCUAUUGCACAAAUGGUCUGCCGAAGUAUAAAGGCAAUAAAAGCAGUAAAGGCAUAGUUACGUGUGAUAAAAAUGAACAAAGAUGUGGCAGUAAAUACAUGUGUGAAACUAUACCAAACUAUGACGAGAAAGUUUGCUGUCCACGAGAGUCUAACCGUGGAUUAAUAUGGAUUAAGCGUUAUACGAAAAUUGAAUAUUUCAAACGGCAUAAGAGAAAAAUCUUUUCAUAUCGAAAGAUGGAAAAGAUGCUCAAAAUUUGUUGCUUGAUUUCAGGAUUUAUUUUGAUAUCAUGUGGACAGAAAAGCAAAGUUGUAAGAACAGAGGUUGAUUACUGUCCUUUUGGGCAACCAUUACCGGGAAUAUUCUGUGGAAGAGGAUCGUCACGUCAGCCAUGUCCCACGGGAACUUAUUGCGAAAUAUCACCAGUCGACGCCUAUGCCGUCUGCUGUCCUGUCUUUUGCACGUUUGGUCUACCGAAGCAAAAAGGCAAGAAAGUCAAGAAAAGGAUAGUAACAUGUGAUAAGAAAGAAAAAAGAUGUGGCCGUAAAUUCAUAUGUAAUACUAUACCACACUAUGAAGAGAAGGUCUGCUGCCCACGGAAGCCAAGACGAAAAAUGAAGGCUAAGAAGGAUUAAAACAGACACAUCAGUACAAAAUAAAGUUUUAAUACAAGAUU